AUGUGUGUGGGACCCGCGCCCCCGGCUUCUCCAGCAUCUCUCCAGCAUCUCCACAUACCGAGACAAGAUGCAUUUGCCACUUGGGCGAUACAUACCUCGGCAAAAGCUGUCGGUAAAAUUAUUGCGGCCGAGCUCGGUCAAGAAUACGAAACAAUAGACCCGCGAGCAGAUAUGUGUCUUGUCAAGACUGCGUUACUUUCCUGUUCUGGUGUGUCUGUACACCAAGCUGAUAUCAGCUCUCUACAGAACCAGUCACACCUCUCGCCUUUCAAGCCACCCAUCUCGCCAUCAAGCCACCCAAAUAGUGACGGGAACCGUAUUACCAAAGUACCCGUGAUCGUGGCCUGGCGCCCUUUGGCGAAGAACAUACGGGGAUUGAAAUCAUGUCCAAGUUUCGCUAAUCCCAAACGUUGUCUCAGUGGUCUCGAACGUUUCGAAGGGCCUCCCCAAAUCCAUACUAUACAUAUGCUGCCCCAACUUCUACGACAUAACAGUUUACGUCUUAAUUCACAAGCUCGACGCGCAGGACAAAUCCAUAAUCGCUAUCAAUACUUCCCGGCCCGCAGCCCUCUACUCCUUGCGACAUAUCCAAAUCAGAAUAUAGCAAUAUGA